GCUCCCACAAGUCAAAGCCUGUCCCAUCAUCUACUUUACCGCUGCAACUGAUACACAUGGAUCUGUGUGGACCUAUGAGAGUCCAAAGCAUCAACGGCCGCAAAUAUACACUGGUGAUCGUUGAUGACUUCUCUCGGUACACAUGGACAAAAUUUCUUCGUAAAAAGGACGAGGCAGCAGAAAUCAUUAUGACCUUUGUCAGAACGGUCCAGAAACUGCUGCAGCAAAGUGUUCGAAUCAUCAGAACUGACAACGGUACCGAGUUCAAGAAUCAAACUCUCACUGGAUUCUAUGAAUCUCUCGGUAUCACACAGCAAUUCGCAGCAG